CAAACUACCGAUUCCUCUCUUCCUUCUCUAUCCAUUUCCCAAACCGAAAAAUCCGUUAAACUCGUAUUUCUUCUAAGAUGACACAAAAGUCCAACCGCCGGAUUCUGACUUUUCCUGCCGUCCGUCCAUGCGAAGGCGUUUCUCCAGCCGCCCUUCUCCAUGCCCUCAUCACCGUCUCCCACACCGUCGUCGAUCACCGUACAAAAUUCUUCCCGGUCCACAAGCGCAACGUGCGGGAGACGAUCCGUGAGAUCGAAAUCCUUCUCCUCUUCUUGGAAGAAAUCGCCAGUCGUGGGUCCCGCAUCUCGGGCUCUAUCGUUGUCUGCUUCUCCGAGCUCUACGUCGUCCUUCAAAAGAUGCGGUACCUGUUAGAAGAUUGCUCUCACGAAGGCGCCCGCCUCUGGAUUUUGAUGCAAUCCGAGCGGGUAACCCACGAAUUCCGGAUCUUGAUCCGGUCGAUCGCGACAGCCCUUGAGGUGAUUCCCUUGAAAUCGAUCGAUGUGCCGACAGAAAUCAGGGAGCUGAUUGAAUUGGUCGGGAAGCAAUCGCAGAAGGUGAAGAUCGAGACGGAUCCAUGCGACGAGCGAGCCGCGAAUGAUGUUCUUGAUAUUUUGGGUGCGUUCGAGAAUAAGAUUGUUCCUGAUUCGAACGAUCUCAAACGGGUUCUCAACCAUUUGGAGAUUCGGAGCUGGAGCGAUUGCAAUAAAGAGAUUCGGUUCUUGGAGGAAGAGAUCCAAUGUGAAAGUUCGAAAGGGGAGGAGAAGGAAAUCGUCCUCCUUUUCAGCCUCUUAGGAUUCAUGAACUACUGCCGGUCGGUAUUGUUCGAUGAUUUAGAUGGCGGAAACAACGAACGGUCAGAUUGUAGACACGGCAAAGAGCUAGACAGCUCCCUGAAUCCAGAAGAUUUCAAAUGCCCCAUUACUCUCGAGCUAAUGAAGGAUCCAGUAACAAUCGCCACCGGGCAGACCUACGAUCGAUCGUCGAUUGUAAGAUGGUUCAAGGCAGGCCAUCUCAUCUGCCCAAAAACCGGUGAGAAGCUAAUGAGUACAGAGCUUAUCCCAAAUUACGCUCUACAAAAGCUUAUUCAGAAAUUCUGUAAUGAUAAUGGCGUUGUGAUUGCUGAAGUGAGAAAUCAUAACCACAAAUCCGAAAAAGCCCAAUUUAGGAGUAGUCCGGUUGCUUUGGAAUCCAUGAGAAUGCUUUCUGUCUUCCUUUUCGAGAAGCUCUCAAUUGGAACAGAAACAGCAAAGAACAAAACUGCUUACGAAAUCCGUUUGCUUGCGAAAACGAGCAUGUUCCAUCGAGCUUGCUUAGUAGAAGCAGGCGUGAUUCUGGGGCUCUUGAAUCUGCUGUCUUCUUCAAAUCCUACUGCACAAGAAAAUGCAAUCUCAGCUCUAUUGAACCUUUCAAAGCACUCAAAGGGAAAAACGGUUAUCUUCGAGAGCGGUGGAUUGGGCUCGAUCAUUCACAUUCUGCAAAAAGGGCUGAAAACGGAGUCACGGAAUAAUGCAGCAGCGGUUCUGUUUUAUCUAUCUUCAGUUGAAGAGUAUCGUGAGGCGAUUGGAGAUAUACCAGAAGCGAUCCCCAUGCUAGUAGGCCUGUUACAGAGUGGGAACGACCGUGGGAAGAAGAACGCAGCUGUCGCAAUCUUCGGGCUACUACAGUUCCCUGGCAAUCAUCGAAGAGUUUUGGCUGCUGGAGCUAUCCCUCCACUGUUAAAUCUCCUUAAAUCUGAAAGAUUGGAUCUUGCAACCGAUUCUCUAGCAGUUCUAGCAUCUCUAGCAGAGAAAACUGAAGGAACGGUUGCAAUAACACGAGCCUCAGCAAUACAGCCCUUAGUGGGCUAUCUACAUUCGUCUGGAUCCCGGACUGGAAGCGAGUACUGUGCUUCGAUUCUGUUUUCUCUGUCAAUCAACGGAGGAUUGGAAGUGGUUACCAUUUUAAAGAAAAUGCCUUUGCUGACAGGGUCGCUGUAUUCUCUUCUCACCGAAGGCAGUUCUCGUGCUAGUAAGAAGGCAAGAUUGAUACUCAGUCUCCUCCAUGGGGGCCAUAAUCCAGGUCCAUCUGGAAUGCAAAAUUCAACGGUCAGACGAGAGCGGGCGAUAGUUCAUGUUAUGUAAUCUAAUUUAUUUAUUUAUUUUACAAUUCUUUUAUUGAUGUGUUUGUAUUUUUGGAUGUAUUCGUCCGUGUACAUAUAUACGAAUGUGGGUGCAUGAUUCUUUUAUUUGUAUUUGAUGGUAUUAGCUCGAUUUUAUUCAAGAGCUAAUAUGAGUUAGGAUCCGUUUGGAGAGAUAAGGAUUCGAAUACGUGUUUAUAUGUACUUAGUUGUAUUUGUUGUAUGGAAUCUGAAUUUACAGAAUGAAAAAGUAGAAUUACCAGAAGAAA